AUGGCUUUUGUCGGAGAGAGGUUGAAGCAAAUGCGGCAUAUUUUAGGAGGAUACUAUCGCAGUUUAUCAAACCAGCUACAUGCAACCGUAUUAACAGUGAAAGAAAGCGGUGGAGUACGCCAAUAUACACGUUCGAAUGCAAAUGGUACACGAGAAUAUUUCCGAUGUAGAAGAUGUUGUGCGAUGAAACGCAAGUAUGGUGGCGAUGUCGCAGCUCGUAUUAUCACUAAUAACGGCCAAAUUGUUGGUGAUAAAUAUCCGAAACAUCAUGAAAGAUGUGAAUUGAUUCCCGUUGAAUACGCCACCAUUAAAGCGGUUGAUCGACAGGGUCGAUUCGACGUUAGAAGUGGGAGAAAGGAUCCAAAAGAAGCUCAUCAUGAGCCUGCCAUAGCGUUUUCUGUGGAGGUCAUGAACAGCUGGAAUUCAGUGACAUCUCUUUAUUUUCGGUUUCAAUCACCUGUGCCUUCACAUACAAAAGGUGCCGAUGUGGGCGAAAAAGGAUUAAAUGAAACGAAAGUGGAUAUUGACCAAAGUUUGCUGGAUAAUGGUAUGUCGAGUGUAGAGACGGUCGUACAAGACGACGAUAGUAAUCAUUCAGUAACAUCUAGAAGUUAUGGAAUUGUUAAAACCGAGGAAUCGGACUCUGCAUUCAAAUUGGAUCCUCCGUCCGUUGAAGUAUCCUCGGAUACAUCGAACAGUCCCACAACAACUCUGGCAAAUCAUCAAGUUUUAUGGGAUUAUUCGUACAUCAUUCCUCAGAGCAGCAAUAACCUGGAUAUAGCUUUAAUUAAUGCGUGUUACAACCAAGCUAGUAUGGAUACCUCGCAAACCAGUGAGAGCAUCGAAAAAUAUGUACGUAAUGUUUACGAGGUGAAUAGGAGUCUUGGUGAACGGCUUCAGUCAGAAAUACUCGAAGUGAUCAAGAAAUAUGAAUACGUUCUGGAAGGUAACCAGUAA